AUGAGCAAUUGUACCAUCAUCAUAGAAUUCUUCCUUAUGGAGUAUUCCAGCAUCCGAGAGCUGCAGGUCUUGCACGCUAUUCUUUUCUUGUUCAUAUACAUUGCAGCCCUGAUGGGGAAUCUCCUCACUGUCACUGCCAUUGUCACUGACCCACACCUUCACUCUCCAAUGUAUUUUUUUCUGAGCAAUCUUUCCCUGUUGGAUCUUGGCUGCAUCUCAGUCACUCUUCCCAAAUUCAUUGUGAAUUCCCUGACAAGAAAUCAAGCCAUUUCUCUCCUGGGUUGUGCUGCUCAGGUUUUCUUCUUUAUCUUCUUUGGGGCAACAGAAAUUGCUUUGCUUGUGGCGAUGUCCUAUGACCGAUUUGUGGCCAUUUGCCACCCUUUACACUAUGGAGUCACCAUGACACCAUUCAACUGUCGUUGGGCAGCAAUUGGUUCAUGGCUCAGUGGGCUCAUCUAUUCAAUUGUACACACGGGGAACAUGUUCCGUCUGCCUUUCUCAGGAUCCAAUGUGAUCCAUCAGUUUUUUUGUGACAUCCCUAAUGUCUUGAAGGUCUCAUCUCCUGAGGUUCGUAAUACUGAGUAUAUACUCCUUGCCAUCAGUUCCAUUUUAAUUUUAUUCUGCUUUCUUUUUUUAAUCAUAUCCUAUACUUAUAUCUUCUCCACGGUAUUUAAAAUGCCCUCUGUGGAAGGGCGUUACAAAGCUUUGUCUACAUGUUCACCUCAACUGAUGAUCUUUCUCUUAUUCCUUCUUACUGGCUUGGUCAGUAUUUUUGGUCAUCCUUCAGACACUUCCUCAGUCCAGAAUCUUCUGAUUUCAAUGGCUUACACAAUUUUGCCUCCAUUUAUGAAUCCUAUUAUUUAUAGUCUGAGAAAUAUGCAAAUCAAGGUUGCACUGGCCAGGAUCAUCAAAACCUCCUUUUUUCCCAAGAAGGAAAUGUCUGUCUUUGAAACAAUUAAAAAGUAA